UGGGACUGUUCUGCCAAUGGCCGCUGCAUCCUUUUUCAAGCACUUAGCUCGACCGCAGGCAUACAUCUGCAAAGACUGCAUUCGAUAUGGUGCCAUAGCCAGGCAAGCAAGGCGAGCCAUCAGUGAUGGAUGGCUCCGCAAGACCGCCGAAGCAGAGAUCGCCUGGAAAGAGCAGAGCAAAUUGAUCGGGGCAGGCGAGAAACAGAGCACGCUGGCAGUCCUCGAGGAACGUGGAUUUAUCAAAGAUAUUGCUGGGGGGCGAGACGAGCUGGACAAUCUCAUGACGAACAAACGAAUAGGCGCAUACGUCGGUGUAGACCCUACGGCACCCUCACUGCAUGUCGGACACCUUCUUCCACUCAUGGCCCUAUUCUGGAUGUAUCUACAUGGCUUUGGUUGCACUACACUGUUAGGAGGAGCAACGGCGAAAGUCGGAGACCCAUCAGGUAGAUUGAGCGCUCGUGAUGCUCAAAAAGCGGACAGCCAGAAAAUGAACAUGAUCGCCAUGCAUGUGCAACUCAAGAAGCUCUGGAGCAAUGUGGACGCCCUCGCGGGGAGAUUUGGUUACCAAAAAGAGUGGGCAUGGAAAAGAGCACUGCUGAAUAACAACGCGUGGUUAAAUAAGCUCGGUAUCACCGAGGUGCUUAGAGAUCUAGGCCCAGGGCUAAGACUCGGGACCAUGCUGGCAAAAGACACCGUCAAGACAAGGCUGGAGAAGGGAGACGGUAUGUCUUUCGCCGAAUUCUGCUACCCUCUCUUACAAUCAUGGGACUGGUGGCACAUGUAUCAAGCGAACGGAAUACAAUUGCAAAUCGGCGGAUCGGAUCAGUAUGGAAAUAUAUGUGCCGGUAUGGACGCCAUCAACUACAUGCGAAAGACAUACCAUGCUCCUCACCUUCGAGAAGGCCUUGAUGGACCACUGAUGGCACCAUUUGGAUUCACGACGCCCCUCCUCACCACAUCUUCAGGGGAAAAGUUUGGGAAAAGUGCAGGCAAUGCUAUUUGGCUAGACCCAGAGAUGCUCAGCUCCUUUGAUCUAUAUGGGUUCUUCGUGAAAUCCUCCGAUGACGACAUUGAGCGUUACCUCAAGCUGUUCACAUUCAUUCCUCUCCCACAGAUCAAGUUGGUCAUGACACACCACAUGACACAACCUGAGCAACGACACGCUCAGCACCUAGUUGCCAAGGAGUUUGUCUCACUUGUCCAUGGGGUGCCGGCAGCAGAGAAAGCGGAAAAAGAGCACAAAGCCUUAUUUGCCGGAGGGUCUAAAACCCUGAACUUGGAUGCUCUCCGGAAUGCUCCUCGGAAUCCCGGGAAAGCAUCUCCUAGCCCUCAGGAAGACAUGUCAAUGUCACUCAAUAAGUUUGCCCCGCAAGUAAACGCUCAAAAUGCACCUCAGAAAUACACCUCUCUACCUAAGUCAUUAGUAAUGGGGUCCGCGUUCCCCCAGAUCUUGUACUCUGCCGGCCUAGUCUCCUCCCGCAGCGAAGGUCAUCGCCUAGUAAGCGCCCAAGGCGCUUAUGUAGCUGGUCAGCCCGACGGCGAUAGCAUUGGUAACUCACUGAAUUGGAGCGCGAUGAAGCACUUCGAGACGGACAAGCCACAAAAGUAUAUUCUUGACGGGAACUUGCUGGUGGUGCGAGUAGGGAAAUGGAACAUCAGGAUGUGCCAUAUUCUAGAGGACGACGAUUUCGAAGCCCAAGGUCUGACUUGUCCGGGAUGGGAGGAGUUCAAGGAGAGGGAGAAAGCGAAGGCGGAUGCAGCGACCGGAGUAGGGAGCUCGCCACUGUUUCCCAUGUAAGUAUAGCUGUACAGUAUCGAUUCUUGUAAUAUAUUGUAUGAUUGUACAGAAUGAGUACGUACGAGUCUGCACAGUUUUGUCCUGGUCACCGUCCAAAGAGGAAGAAUGGGUCUUCAUAGGUCUGUGUAAAUUUUCUUGUCACUAUCCUGAGCGACUCUGCGCUCUCAAGAAGAUGGAAUUGAAGCUUUUUCGAUCGAUCGGUAAACGCUCCGGGGUACCUAAGACAGUUGUAGACGGUUUGGAGGAGAAACGUCGCGCCCGCAUCAUAUCGAUCUAACUGAAGCAUCACAAGAGGUGGU